UCCACCGGCUUUGGCACGAUCGAAGCAUUGACCCUGCAACACUGCUACGCUCCCCUGUUUCACUCCAGCGCGCGGCACCACCGUACCUUGCGUCAUGAAGCUGCAAACUAUAGUCGUCGUCGCACUCGAUAACUAAGCAAGCUUAUGGCUCGGCCGCUCGCUGCGGCAGUAAAGCUCGGAAGUACCAGAGCCACCCACGUUCCUUCCUGGUGGACGACCGGACCGGAGGCCCAUCCGUGGCAGCAUGGCGGCGCGGUGGCAACCCGGCAGCAAGAGCAGAUCGUCGGCCUUGCGACCGACGGUGCUGGUGGCCGCGGCGAGCGUGGCGGCCGUCCUGCUCACGGCCGCCGUCCUCUUCGGGGCCCGAUGGACGCCUUCCAGCGACGCCGAAACAUGGGUCUCGGCCGGAGUCCGCGUCGUCAUGAACGCCAUGUCUGACAAGGGCGGCAUCCCGUUGGCGACGGUGCCGAACCCCGGCGACAGGCUCCUCGGCGGUCUCCUCUCGCCAGACUUCGACGACAGCUCCUGCCUGAGCCGGUACCGAGCCUCGCUCUACCGCCGGGCGUCCCUGCACGCGCUCUCACCCCACCUCGUCUCCGCCCUCCGCCGGUACGAGUCCCUCCACCGCCUCUGCGCACCCGGCACCCCGGCCUACGCACGCGCCACGGAACGCCUGCGCGCCUCUCCCAACGCCUCUGGCGACGGCGCUGACCCCUCCUCAUCCGGCGCCCGGUGCAACUACCUCGUGUGGACACCGAACGCGGGCCUCGGCAACCGCAUCCUCUCCAUCGCCUCCGGCUUCCUCUACGCGCUCCUCACCGACCGCGUGCUGCUCCUCCACAGCAGCAGCAGCCACGACCUGGGCGACCUCUUCUGCGAGCCUUUCCCGGGGUCAACGUGGAUCCUGCCGGAGAAAGACCUCCCCGCCGUUCACGAGGGGCUCAGCACCCGCACCAACGCGAGCCUCGGGAACACGCUGCGACGUGGCGAGGCGCUCCGCGGGGCGCCGUGGCUCUACGUGCACCUGCUGCACAACUACAACGUCCAGGAUAAGCUCUUCUUCUGCGACGAGGUGCAGGCCGAGCUGCGCCGCGUGCCCUGGCUCGUGUUCCAGGCGGACAACUACUUCGCGCCGGGCCUGUUCCUGGUCCCGCGGCACGAGCGGGAGCUCGCGCGCAUGUUCCCCCGCCGCGACGCCGUGUUCCACCACCUCGGCCGCUACCUCUUCCACCCCAGCAACGCGGUCUGGGGCAUGGUGACGCGGUACCACGGCUCCUACUUCGCCCGGGCGGACGAGCGCGUGGGCGUCCAGGUGCGCGUGUUCAAGUGGGCGCCCAUCUCCACCGACCAGUUCUACGCCCAGAUCCUCAAGUGCGCGGAGCAUGAGAACAUCCUGCCAGGCGUCAGCGUGCCCAGAGCCAACACCACCGCCGCCGCCGUGGGCUCCGCCGCCCAGCCGGCCAAACGCAAGGCGGUGGUCGUCGUCUCCCUAUACAACGAGUACUCUGAAAAGCUCAGCGAACUGUACCACGAGCACGGCGCGGCGGGCGGGGAGGCGGUGAGCGUGUUCCAGCCGACGCACCUGGGCGAGCAACGCUUCGGUGACCGGCAGCAGGACCAGAAGGCGCUCGCGGAGAUGGUGCUACUCAGCUUCGCCGACGUGCUGGUCACCACCGGCGUUUCCACGUUCGGGUACGUCAGCCAGGGGCUGGCCGGGCUGAGACCGUGGGUGCUCAUGCCCCCCAACCAUGGGAAGGCGCCUGACACGCCGUGCAGGCUGGCCCCCACAAUCGAGCCGUGUUUUCACUCGCCGCCGAACUACGACUGCCGGGCGAAGGCCAGAGGUGACACCGGCAGGAUGGUCCGGCACAUCCGGCACUGCGAGGACUUCCCACAGGGUGUCCAGUUGCUGCAGUCAUGAGAUACUGUUAUUUAGUUCAUACAUCACACAUUCAGAUUUUCCCCUCAUUAUACUGUGAUUAAAAGUUAUAAAUAAAGGUUUAAAGAUGACAAACUUUGGACGGCGUACAUAAUAACUGCUCACGUGAGGGCACAUGUCACACAAACAUAGCUUGAGCAAGCAAUUUUGUUAAGUGCAAAAGGAGCAAAGAUGAGAGUAUCGGUUUUUUGUGGAAUCCAACUGUCCAAGAGUCCUGUAUAUUGUCAAAAACUCAAAAAUACAAUGAGGCAUAGCAACUUCGUCUGUUUCCCCCCUUGAAAACAGCGAAGGAUAAAAGCCCGCAGUCCAGUAAACCAGCAUGAAAAGGGUUCGAUCCUAUAAAGCUA